GCUUCUGCAAAGAACCCACGCAUCAUGGGCUGAACAACACGAGACUUGUUUUUGUCUCUCAAUUCUCCAAAGCCUUGACGAAAGUCUCGGUAUAAUCUAGCCUCCUCAACAUGGCCGCUCCAUCAGUGAACGAGCCCUUUCCGGUCUUCCUGGUCGGAGGCCGCUACACGCUCUACGACGUUAAUACCGUCAGCCAUGCGCGCCGUGUACACAACAUCACCGGUGUGUUGAUUGGUGGCCUUCCUCAAGCACCCCAACAGAACGUCUUCCUGGGUAUUCCUCUAGAGCUCAUGCCCGAAGAAGCACGACUGUUGGUAGAGAAGGGUGUCGCAUACGUUGUCGACGAUGCCGCUGCCCACAAGCAAGCUUUCGUAGACCACAACCUGAGUAAAGAGGAAAAGGAAAAAUUUCUACGCAGCUUGAAAAAGCAAGGCAGUGACGCGACGAGAAUGCAGAGCAAAAGUGCCGAUGACAGAAAGAUUGCCGCCUUGAAAAAGAUUGCCGCAAAGAAUGCUGUCGUUGCUGCUAAGCUACAACAAGAGCGCGAGUCUGCUGCUGCUUCUGGUAACAAUAUUGCCGGGGAUGAUGACAGUGAAUCGCUCUUUUCCGGCCCUGCCCCUUCUGUCGCUCCUUCCGAGUCUUCUGUCGCGUCGUCUUCAGCUUCAACCAUGAAGAUCACGCCUACCACAUCACAUCCUCCCCUCACAUCCUCGUCACCCUCACAGCCCCUCCCUCUCCCCGAGGUCCCUGCCUCAUACCCUCUAUUCAAACACCUCCACUCCAAAGGCUACUUCAUGGCCCCAGGCAUCAGGUUUGGUUGCAGGUACACUGCCUACCCUGGCGAUCCACUUCGUUUCCACAGUCAUUUCUUGUGCGACGGCAUGAACUGGGAUCAGGAGUUUGAUCUCUUGACUUUGGUUGGUGGUGGCCGCUUGGGUACUGGUGUCAAGAAGGGCUUCCUCAUUGGUGGCACUGAGGACAAGGAGAAGGCGGAGGGCGAGGAUGAUGUUAGAGCUUUCUGUAUCGAGUGGGCGGGCAUGUAAUGUGUCUGUCGCUCAUCACCAAUACAAUACUUUCCACCUCCGAUUACGUCUUUGUUCACUGUGCUUUAACAUUCUCGUCCUCUGAAAAGGUCUCCCCUUAACAUGCGCUUGUCAUUGGAACAUGAUCUCAGUGGUCACUUUGCAUCUUGAUUGGUUAGAAGAGCUCUCGUGAAAUCAAUAACAUUGAGGUGGUCG